AGGUGGGAGGAGAGACAGGUGGGAGGGUGGCGACUCACUCAGGAUCCGGUGGGGGCAACGCAAUGAGGCGGGUGACCCUGUUCCUUAACGGCAGCCCCAAGAAUGGAAAGGUGGUCGCUGUAUAUGGAACUUUAUCUGAUUUGCUUUCUGUGGCCAGCAAUAAACUCGGCAUAAAAGCCACCAGUGUGUAUAAUGGGAAAGGUGGACUGAUUGAUGAUAUUGCUUUGAUCAGGGAUGAUGAUGUUUUGUUUGUGUGUGAAGGAGAACCAUUUAUUGAUCCUCAGACAGAUUCUAAACUGCCUGAAGGGCUGUCAGGAUCUCACACAGACUGGCUCACAUUAAAUGUUGGAGGGCGGUACUUUACAACCACACGGAGCACUUUAGUGAAUAAAGAACCCGACAGUAUGCUGGCCCACAUGUUUAAGGACAAAGGUGUCUGGGGAAAUAAACAAGAUCAUAGAGGAGCUUUCUUAAUUGACCGAAGUCCUGAGUACUUUGAACCCAUUUUGAACUAUUUGCGUCACGGACAGCUCAUUGUCAACGAUGGGAUUAAUUUAUUGGGUGUGUUAGAAGAAGCGAGAUUUUUUGGUAUUGACUCAUUGAUUGAACAUCUGGAAGUGGCAAUAAAGAAUUCACAACCACCAGAGGAUCAUUCACCCAUAUCUCGAAAGGAAUUUGUCCGGUUUCUGCUCGCCACUCCAACCAAAUCAGAAUUGCGUUGCCAGGGUUUAAACUUCAGUGGUGCUGAUCUUUCUCGAUUGGACCUGCGAUACAUUAACUUCAAAAUGGCCAAUUUAAGUCGCUGCAAUCUUGCCCACGCCAAUCUCUGCUGUGCAAAUCUUGAACGAGCCGAUCUCUCUGGAUCAGUCCUUGAUUGUGCAAAUCUCCAGGGCGUCAAGAUGCUGUGUUCUAAUGCAGAGGGAGCAUCCUUGAAGCUGUGUAAUUUUGAAGAUCCCUCUGGUCUUAAAGCCAAUUUAGAAGGUGCUAAUCUGAAAGGUGUGGAUAUGGAAGGAAGUCAAAUGACAGGAAUUAACCUGAGAGUUGCAACCUUAAAGAAUGCAAAGUUGAAGAACUGUAACCUCAGAGGGGCAACUCUGGCAGGAACUGAUUUGGAGAAUUGUGACCUGUCUGGGUGUGACCUUCAAGAAGCCAACCUGAGGGGUUCCAACGUGAAGGGCGCCAUCUUUGAAGAGAUGCUGACGCCACUACACAUGUCACAGAGCGUCAGAUGAGAGGCCUGGAGGGAGGAAGUUGCCGAAGACGACAAAAGUUAUCACUCUUCUUUCCCCACCCACUCGGUUACCUAGAAGAAGUAACACUGUAAGGGAAUUAAAAAAACAUUUAGAGGAUUAUGCUUGUUCUCAGAGGUGCAUAAGGGGGAAAAAGUGACUUUUUCCCCCCACAUUCUGAUUUUUAACAGAGAAGCACUCCUUCAGUAGAUUUAGGGAAGCUAGAUUAGAUUGCUGCCUUUGGAGUGGAGUAGGGGGAUUGGCCUGGUGGCCUUGCAACCAGGAAUAAAUAGUAUCUAUUAUAUUUGCUUUUAAAUAGGCAUGAUGUUGAAAUACCAUCUGGGUUUGAAAUGCAUUUGAGGAUUUUAUUUAUGAAAAGCACAACAUAUGCAAUUAUAUUUAUUGACUCUCUAGAUGCAGUAUGGAUAUUUAAAUUGUUGAACUUUACAGUUUUGCAGAAGUUGUUCAGGUUUCUAGAUAGCUUUAGUGGGGCCUCUCCUACUUUGAAUACCUGUCGCACCGUGUGAAGAUGGUAAGAUCAGACUCCCCAAGGCUCUCUUUUCAGGUUCAUUUUAAGAAUUUUUUUUAAAGUACAAAGCAGUAGCUAAAUUAAAGAAACCCUGUUACUGAUUGAGAUAGAGUGGCAGGAAAGAGACAUCAUAUAUACAUCAUUGUCAGCUAAAUUUGCAGUGGAACUCUCUGGAUGGUGAACAAUUUACCUACAGCUUUUAAUUGAGGUUUUCAACUUGCAAGUUCCACUCCAUGCCAGCCCAGGCAAUUUUAUGUAUUUACACUACUUGCUUAGUUUCCUCCCUGUAUAGUCAAAACAAGCAUAGGAAGAGAGUUGAAAACCAAAAACUGAAGGUGCAUAAUUAACAUUCAUUGAACUCAAAUGCCAGAUAAACAGGGCCAGCUUGGAAAUAGGUGUGAAAUCCAAACCCACUGCCAUCAAAGCUAUAAAAUAUGAAUGAAUAUGGCAGAUUCAUCUUUUAGAAGUCAACAGAACUGUAGCUCUGACCCUACAGUGGGGAACGAAGAAUUUUAAACUGACAGUUUGACUAUAGUUAUCAAAAAGCUUAAAUAGAAAUAAAGAUAUUUGGCUGGUUCCAAGAUGGACUACCAAUUCAGUCAGCACCUUGGUUCUUAUAGUUCUGGUGUGUUGUAGUUUAAUACAUUUUAGCCUGGCUUCCUCGAGUCACUUGCUCUGCAGGGACAGGGCCUGAACUUCCUUACCAGUAACUGGUGUGUCCUUAUGUCAACCCCAAGAGCAGGGAUGUAAGCUGUGUCCAAAUGGGUUCUGACUUCUCCAGACUCAUCCAUGUGAGGCAAGGAAUCGUUAAAAACCACUUUGUCUCCUGUGGGAGAAUGACAUGUCUUCAGUAUUCACAUAGCUUAUUCUUCUAUACAUAUGCAAAGCUUUCCUCAACAGUAAAGGGUACAUAUGCAUAAGUGGGAGGAGACAGACCUUUACAGGCGAAGGAAAGCAACUUCAGAAAUGAAUUAUUUUCUUUGCUUUAUUAUUUUUACUGAGACAGAGAAGUAUUGUAUUGAGAGAUAAUCUAUUUUCAUAAUCAAUAUGUGCCUAAAUUAUAUUUAAAUCAUUUCACUCUGUACUAUAUUUUCAGUAAUUAGAGAAUGUGUUGUUCAUCCACUUAAAGGUACCUCUGUAGACAUAACCUAAACCUGCAGAAGACUCUGAAAGAUCCACAGU